AACAAAAGUUUAUUUGCAUCUAGCUUACUAACCUCCUCUCUUCUUUCUCUUUCUUUCAUGAUGAGGAGAGAUGGUAGUGUGCAAAAGAGAGUUUGGCUCUUUCUCAUUGUUUCUUGGGAGAUCAUGAUUUGGGUAUCAUUAGCUCAAGCUAGGCCUUGGACUCAAGUACAAGAAGCCAACUCAACAACAACAAAGGACAGGGGAAUACGGAUAGAUGAUAAUGUAGAGAGAUUGAAGGAGAUGGCUAGGGUUGGAUCAAGGCCACCCAAUUGUGAGCAUAAAUGUUGGGGCUGUGAGCCUUGCAUGGCAAUUCAAGUGCCAACCACAACUGACCAGUUGAGUCCUCAAUAUGCAAACUAUGAACCUGAGGGGUGGAAGUGCAAGUGUGGCUCAACAUUCUACAACCCAUAGAUGUUUAGGAUGGAAUGAUCAUAUCAUCCCAUACUAUAUGUUGUACAAAGGCAAAAUGUCAUGUUUGUUGGUACUUUUGUUACGUUGUUGCUACUAGCUAUAUGGCUAGUGUCCCAUGAGAUUAAUCUCAAAGUUUAAUUUUAUCCUUGUGGUCAAAAGUGCCUUUGUUUCAAGAAAUGUGAGUUGGUUCAAUUUUCA